AUGUCAGCGCUCUCUAGACGCAUUCUUCCACUUCUAGAUCGCGUGCUUGUAGAAAAAAUAGUACCGAAGAAGACAACACCGGCUGGUGUUCUCCUUCCGGAGAGCGCGACGGCAAAGGCGCUGAACGAGGGCAAAGUGGUUGCAGUUGGGCCUGGAUCCUACACCCGAGAGGGCCAGGUGUUGCCCGUGUCUUGUAAGGUUGGUGAUACUGUACUUCUUCCUGAGUUUGGCGGCACGCAGAUCAAGCUUGACGGCAAAGACUUCAUGAUCUAUCGUGAUGAUGAAAUUCUGGCCAAGCUCGAAUAG